AUGGCUUCCUCCGCCAUGUCGAAACGCCUCGAAGGCAAGACUAUCCUCAUUACAGGUGCAUCUUCGGGAAUUGGGCGCAGCACAGCGCAGGAAUUUGCCCGCACGUCGCCUAAUAACCUGCGGCUGAUUCUCACGGCGCGCCGGAUUGAUACUUUGAAGGAGGUUGCGGAGGAUAUUAAGAAAGAGGUCGGGGCUGGGGUUAAGGUCUUGCCAGUUAAGCUGGAUGUCAGUAAUCCUGAGGAGGUGCGGUCGUUUGUUGGGAAUCUGCCAGAGGAGUGGAGGGAUAUUGAUGUGCUUGUGAACAAUGCUGGAUUGGUAAAGGGUGUUGCAAAAGCCCCUGAAAUCCUCGAGGAAGAUAUAAAUGUUAUGUUUGCGACGAACGUUACGGGCCUGAUCAACAUGACGCAAGCCAUCCUCCCGAUUUUCAAGAAGAAGGGGGAGAGUGGUGCGGGGGAUAUUAUCAAUAUUGGCAGUAUUGCAGGCAGGGAACCAUAUCCGGGCGGAAGCAUUUAUUGUGCUACCAAAGCGGCGAUUCGGAGUUUUACUGAUGCGCUGAGAAGAGAGUUGAUUGCUACGAGAAUUAGGGUUAUUGAGAUUGAUCCUGGACAGGUUGAGACUGAAUUCUCGGUCGUGAGAUUUUACGGCGAUAAGUCUAAGGCGGAUGCUAUCUAUGCGGGCUGCGAACCGUUAACCCCGGAUGAUAUUGCCGAAGUUAUCGUCUUUACAGCGGGUCGGAGGGAGAACGUAAUUGUUGCAGAUACCCUUAUCUUCCCAAACCACCAGGCCGGUGCUGGAGGGGCAAUGUAUAAGAAGCCAUAA